AUGCAGCACCGCAAAGUAAUUGCUCAAACAAUCAAGAAACUAGGCUUCAACAGCGUCCGACUCCCCUACGCAGAUGAGCUGGUUUCCAAAAACCCAGUCAUCGACGCCAAGUUGGUCGGGGCCAACGCGGACCUCGUGGGGCUUAGGGCGUUGGAUGUCCUCGAGGCCGUCACGACAACGCUGACAGAGGAAGGCAUCGCUGUGAUUGUCAAUAAUCACAUCACGAGGGCGACGUGGUGCUGCGGUGCGAACCCGUGCGACGCGGCGUGGGCGAAUGACUAUCUCCUGGGCAUUUGCAGGGUGACACAAUCCGAGGAUGAGUGGAUACGGAACUGGGAGACGGUCAUGACGAGAUUCACCAACAACCCGCUCGUCAUUGGCGUUGAUCUACGCAACGAGGUGCGAGGCCUCUGGGGUACGAUGCCGUGGCACAAGUGGGCAGAGGCGGCAGAGCGCUGUGGGAAUCGCUUGCUGGCCAUGAAUCCGGACUGGCUCGUGGUGGUUGAAGGGACGGAAUCUGCAAACGACUUGCGCGGGGCGCGGAGGAGGCCGGUGAAGCUGGACAUUGCCGACAGGCUCGUGUACUCGGCGCAUGUGUACGCCUGGUCGGGAUGGGGGAGUCUGGGAGGUCGCUUCUCCAAACGGACAUACGAAUCGUUUCGUGAGAGCAUGCGCGAGCACUGGGGGUAUCUGCUCGAGGGGGACGUGGCGCCCGUCUGGGUGGGCGAGAUUGGCGCACCGAGGGUGCCGGCGAGUGUGGGCGACGUGCGAUACUGGAAGAACUUGUGGAGGUAUUUGGGCGAGGUGGAUGCCGAUUUUGGCUAUUGGGCGUUGAAUCCGAGGAAGCCCAGCGGGAACGAGAGCGAGGGCUAUUCGUUGGUGGACGAUGACUGGGUUGGUCUUGUGCUUGAUUAUCGGAUGAUGAGUAUGGUGCAGACUAUGAGGCGGGAGUGA